AGGGCGCAGUCGAGGAAUCCGUCGACAGAAUUGAAGGCAGGAGCUUCGAGUCUCGGCAAUGGUUUUGCGGCGGAUCGAAAGCGAGGGGGGUUUUGUAUUUGCGUAGAAGGAGUUGCGUGCCGCUUGUGGAAUGCGAUGAACUGAUGAAAUUCUAAUGCGGGGGUGGUGACAUUUUGAAACUAGGCAGGCAUCGUGUACAAUGUCGACCAUGGUGGGAGCCUCACUUCGUCAGUGUGUUGGAGCCUUGAGUACCUCGGAUUCUCGGUGUUGCGUAAUUUCGGUCGCGUCUCAAUCUUCUGAGCUAGGUUGUUCACCAGGUGGAUGGCUUAUCGUUACGAGGUUGAGUGCUAAAUUGGAGAGCUGCGAGAAAUUAGUUUGGCUUGGAAAAUGCAAGAGUUUGGGUGCCUGUGGAGUAUUAAGCCAUUCCUUACAAUCUAGCGUGGAGACGUCGCUUAGAAGGAGGUCUCGGAUCAGGAGACAAGUCUCGGGAAGUGGGGACUCAAAUUGGGGUGAAGAUGGUGGGAACAAAGUAGUAAUUCAGUACAGGCGAGGUGGGAAGGGAAGUGGAUCAGAAGAGGAGGAUGUCGAAGGGCUUACUCCGGUACCAGAUCAGACUGCAGUUGGAACAGACAGUGGCGAUGAUGGAGCAGACGGAAACGCCUUCUGUGACUCAGGAAUUGCGGAUUCGAAACAAAAUUUAGGGCCGAAUUCGGGUCUGGGAGACGAAAGAUUUUUGAGAAGGGUUGCCGCUGCCGAGAAUGCUGAGACUGCUCUCGCGAUAAUAAAUGAGAGGGGUUCAACUGGCGGCGUUGCUCUCAGCAGUUCCGAUUGCUCCGAGUUGAUUCUUGCCGCAAUUGCGCAGAAUAAUGUGGACUUGGCGUUCUCCAUUCUGAAUGCAAUGCGGAGCAGCCUACUUCAACGUCGUAUCGAUCGAACAGAUGCUGCAGCUGGGAACAGGGAAGGAAGUCAAGAAUGGCGAUGGCCUACUGCUGAUGUAUCGACAUAUGUAGCACUCGUAAGAGGAUUGGCAGCAUCUCUUAGAGUUUCAGACGCUAUUGCUACAGUUGGUGACGUUCGACGCCGAGGAGUUCCUCCAGGAGACGAGGUUCCCUUCGGCAAAGUUGUGAAUUGUCCCAUUUGCAAGACAUCACUGGCAGUUGUGCAGCCCCAGCACGGAGUCCAGUUGGUCCCUUGUGCUUCAUGCCGCUAUCAGUACGAACUCAUGUCUGGAGUUAUUGUGAACUCUGAAUCAGAGUCCAUCAGUGCGGACACCUCUAUUUUCCAGAGGGGAUUGAAGCUACUACCGUUUCUCAAGCGCCGUAUUCCAGCUGCUGUGCAUUCUAUUGUGGUACGAGCACCUGACGGGUUAGCCCGCACACAUAGGUUCGCCACCGAGUCGGCUGAUGUUCCUGCUCAGCAAGGAGAGCGAGUAACUGUUGCGCUAGCAUGUCCUGCAAAUGAAGGCCGUGGAUUUGGGCCUAUUCGCUUCAACUCGCGAGUACCUGGCUGGCAACCUAGUGAGCCCAUGGCAGUUACUAACCACGCUACCGGACGAGUCGCUGAUCUUAUUAGAGCUCCCUCUAAAGCAGGCAGCGGAACGAUUUUUGACACUAAUGUAAUAUUUCCGCUUGCUAUAUUACUAGCAAGCACUGAUAUCGCAUCAGGACUAAUUGAUCCAACUUUACCACGCCUUAUAGCUGUAUCAGCUUCUGCAGCUGUGUUAUUUGGAGGUGCCGCCAACACGUUUGUCCUUCCUCGUUUGAGUCAGCUACCACAAAGAACGGUUGACGCAAUAGCGCUGCGUCAAAAGUUAUUAGCUCAGUACGAACAACUUCAGACCAGGCUACAAGAUUUAACGCAAGCUACUGCAGAUGAGGUGCGGAUGCUAGCUAGGAUGUGUCAACUCCAGAACAAGAUGGAGGCGGUUGGAGAAACUUCCUACAGUGCCCGAAUAGAAAGAGUUCGAAAAGCACGAUCGGGACUUGAUGAACGGUUGGCCGCCAGGCUCGAAUUAAUUGACAGCUACGCAAAGGUGGCAUCAAUGAUUGAAAUAGAGGUGGAAAUGGAUAUCGAUGUGCUAGCAGCCGAGGCAGCCAAUCCCGAUGCAACUAUCGCUGAGCAGAUCGAGCGUUUAAUGGAGGUAGAAAGCCUUCAAAAGGAAUGGGAAAAUCAGGCCGAGGCUAACGAUGAGGUCGAGAGGCUAUUACGUUCUGCUCCCAUGCUGGUGGAUUGAGCUAAGGGAAGCUACUUCCUGGACGGCAUUUGUGGUUCAGAAUGCCUCCACUUUACAAUACCCACUGAACGCGUUGAUUUUGUAGAAAUUUGAAAUUACACGGUCCCGAGUUCAGUCUUAGGCAGUGCUGAAAUGUACAUAUUGCCUGGAGUGUUUUGGGAUGACUGUAAUCAACACCCAAUUCAGUGCCUUGGAGUCAUAAGUGAUGUGGAGCACAAGCUUUAGCAAACGAAAUGAGUUGUUUGCUUCUCUACACUCGAACUCUCUGUAAUUUUCGGACCAUAUUGGCCAGAAGGAUAAUGCCAUGUAGGGUCAUUUUCUCAAAGGGUUCAUCAACACUCAACUUGUGUUGAGACACAAAUUGAGUGUUCACAAGCUUUCACAAUCU